CCACCUGCCAGCGAUUGACGUACAAGGGGCGCGGCUACAACUCUCGGCCAAUCGGAUACGCUUGCUCCCCGGAAUGUACCAUCCCAGCCGUGGGGGGCGUGGUCGGCCGGGAGCCGUCAGAAUGAGUGUUCCGCCCAGAGCAGAGCAGGCAGCCGCCGGGGAUGAGAUCCUGAGACCCCCGUGUGUGUCCGGUGACCCCGCCAUGGAGCUAUUCCAGGCCAAGGACCACUACAUCCUACAGAGCGGGGACAGCGCCCUGUGGUGCAGCCGCCACGAUGGAACCCUAAGCUCACGGCUAGCCACGGAUCUGCUGCUCGCGUGGAACCCCAUCUGCUUGGGACUCGUGGAUGGGAUUAUCGGAAAGGUCCAGCUUCACACAGAUCUCCCAUGGUGGCUUCUUCUGAUUCGCCAGAAAUCUCUGGUCGGGAUCCUGCCGGGUGGGCAUGAGAUUUAUAAGAUCACAAAGAUCGCCGCCCUGCCGCUGUCCAGCGCCGAGCCGCAGGAUCUGGACCUGGAGCUCUGCAAGAAGCAUCAUUUCGGGAUCCACAAGCCGGAGAAGAUCUCUCAGUCUCCGGACGACUCCAAGUCUCUCCUCAAGACGUUCACUCAGAUCAAAUCCAACGUGUCGGCUCCCAAUAAGAGAAAGGUAAUGGAUAAAGAGAGUAAAGAGAAGGAGAAGUUGGAGCGGCGGCUGCUGGAGGAACUUCUCAAGAUGUUCGUGGAUUCCGACUCGUUCUAUUACAGCCGGACCUACGACCUGACCAACUCCGUCCAGCGGCAGAGCGCGGGGGAGGGGAGGGGGCGGCCGCUGUGGCAGAGGGUCGAUGACCGAUUCUUUUGGAACAAACACAUGAUCCAGGACCUCAUAGACCUCCAGGACCCGCACGGGGGCUUCUGGAUCCUGCCCGUCAUUCAGGGCUUCGUGCAGAUCGAGGAGCUGGUGGUUAAUUAUAACGAGACGUCCGACGAUGAGAAGAGCAGCCCGGAGACCCCCCCUCAGGAGCCGACCUGCGUCGACGACAUCCACCCUCGCUUCCUGGUGGCUCUGAUAUCGCGCAGGAGCAGACACCGGGCCGGUAUGAGGUACAAGCGCCGAGGAGUGGAUAAAAACGGACACGUGGCAAACUAUGUGGAAACGGAGCAGCUGAUCCACGUCCACAGUCACACCCUGUCCUUCGUGCAGACGCGCGGCUCCGUGCCGGUCUUCUGGAGUCAGGUGGGAUACCGGUACAACCCCCGGCCGCGCCUGGACAAGGGUGAGAAAGAAACCAGUCAGUACUUCUGUCUGCAUUUCAAGCAGGAGCUGGAGGUAUACAGGAGACAGGUCCUCGUUAAUUUGGUUGAUCAGACCGGGAGAGAGAAGAUUAUCGGAGACGCUUAUCUCAAGCAGGUCUUAAUGUUUAACAAUCCUGGGCUCACCUACGUGACGUUCGACUUCCAUGAGCACUGCCGUGGGAUGAAGUUUGAAAAUGUCCAGACGCUGACAGACGCCAUCAGCGAUAUCAUCGUGGAUAUGAAGUGGUGCUGGGUGGAUCAGGCUGGGGUCAUCUGCAGACAGGAGGGGAUUUUCCGGGUAAACUGCAUGGAUUGCUUGGACCGAACGAACGUCGUGCAGGCGGCCGUCGCUCGCAUCGUCAUGGAGCAUCAGCUGAAGAAGCUCGGCGUGAUGCCCCCGGAGCAGCCGCUGCCGAUGAAAUGUUACCGUCUGUACCAGAUCAUGUGGGCGAACAACGGGGACGCCAUCAGCCGGCAGUACGCGGGAACCGCUGCACUCAAGGGGGAUUUCACUCGCACCGGGGAGAGGAGACUCGCCGGAGUGAUGAAGGACGGAGUGAACUCUGCAAACAGAUAUUACCUGAAUCGCUUUAAGGACGCGUACCGGCAGGCGGUGAUAGACCUGAUGCAGGGAAUUCCGGUCACCGAGGACCUUUACUCCAUCUUCACCAAGGAGAAGGAGCACGAAGCGCUGCACUGGCAGAGCCAACGGAGCCACCAGGAGCUCAUCAGCCAACUGCUGCAGAGUUACAUGGAGCUGCUGCUGCCGGACGACGAGAAGUUCCACGGGGGCUGGGCCCUCAUAGACUGCGACCCCAGCCUCAUCGAUGCCACUCACACGGAUGUCGACGUUCUGCUCCUGCUCUCUAACUGCGCUUAUUACGUGGCCUACUACGACGACGAGGUGGAUAAAGUGAGUCAGUAUCAGCGGCUGAGUCUGGACGAUCUCGAGAAGAUUGAGAUUGGACCUGAACCGACGUUCUUCGGGAAGCCCAAAUUCUCGUGCAUGCGCCUUCACUACAGAUACAAAGGGAGCGGUGGCUACUUCCACACCCUGAGGGCCGCCGUGCGAAACCCCGAGGAAGACGGCAAAGACACCCUCCUGUGUAUAGCGGAGAUGCUGCGCAUCACCAAACAGGCCGCCGGCUCCGACCUGCCCAUCAUCGAGAAAAAGCUGGAAAGGAAGAGCAGCAAACCCCACGAGGAAAUAAUGGGAAUUCGUUCCAAAAGCCAGAGACUGGGGAUCAACAAUAUGGGCCCCGGCUUGGCCCAGGGGAAGAACUUCCUGAUGAGCAAAUUCUCCUCUCUCAACCAGAAAGUCAAACAGACCAACAUCGGCAGCUUCCGCAAGCUGGGCGCCUUCAACAAGACGGAGGUCAAGGGCUUCCUCAAACCCAACCUGCAGGUCAACCUGUGGAAAUCCGACAGCAGCUUGGAAAAUCCCAGCGCGGAGGGCAAAGGUCACAUCGAGUCUGACCUGGAAAAUUCCUCCGAUAACGAGUCCUUCCAUUCCGACGAAUUCAUCCCCAAAUCCGACGACGAGGGGCACCUGACCGGCUCCCUGGAGAACAUUGGCCAAGGAGACUACGUCCUGCCGAGCUGCGGGAUCAUUGCUUCCGCCCCGCGUCUGGGAAGCCGGUCGCAGUCGGUCAGCAGCGCCGAGCUCAAUCUCCACAUUCCCACCGCGAUCCACGUUACCCGGUGCAGCGAGCCCGGCGGCCACGGACCGUCCCCGGAGGACGAUGUCCUCAUAGACUUUGGCACCCCCAUCGCUGCCUACUGCCACCAGUUUGUCCACGAUGCGCAGACCAAAGGCGGCCAGCAGGAGACGAGCAAUAAAGAGGAAAAAAUGGACCAAGGUGAAUCCGGCCAUAAUUCUCCCGGAAUUCCAGACAACGCAGCCAAAUCCAGUGAGGAGCAGCCCUCGCGACCUUCCCAACUGGACGUGCCCGCGACCGGCUCGAGCUCCCUGCUGUUACCCGCGGAACCGUCUCUGUCGGGCAGAGCGAGUCCUUCCUCCGGCCCGGCAUCGGCAGCUUCGCCAGCCGACGGCAACAGCGGCCGAGCGGUGUCUCCGUUUGCCAAGAUCCGGAGCUCGGUAGUCCAAGUGGCCAGUAUGACCCAGGCUGGUCUGACCCAAGGGAUCAACUUCGCCGUCGCAAAAGUCCAAAAGAGCCCAGAACCCGACGCGGCGUCCGGCGCCAAACAGAAUGACUUCAAAGAAAUGUUCACGCAAUGCCAGACGCGCAUCAUACAGAUAUGAUUGUAACAUUCC